AUGCUCCAUUCAAGAUCACGCAGCUUGACGCUGCUGACGCGGACGCUACGGCGCUCGACAACAGCUCGUAAUAAUCCCAUCUACUUCCUCGCAUCUUGUACUACUGUUACUUCCCCAUUUUUGUAUCGAAACGCGUCAUUUGUGUCCCAGGACGACGUAAAUGGUCUACAGAAACCCAAGAACACGCCGUCUUUUGCGAUUGCAGCGGCCUUUGAAGGCCACGAGGAUCUCGAAGACGAUGAAAUGGACUCUGAUGAUCUGUAUGGUCAUGAGAAGGAUUCAGAAGACCUGGAAAUCGAUCGUUCACGCGCCCUUAAAGAGCAAUUUCAACGUGGAAUGGAGAAAAAGAAGCUCUGGAUGCAGUCGCUGGCGUCACAGAAACUCUAUGCAGCUGUUGUCAAGAGUGUAGCUGACUGUUAUGCGCCUCUGUAUGAGGCCAUGAGGCUUAAAGAUAAGUGUCCACUGCUGACAGUUGCUACGGACGAGGCUAAAGAAGACCACGAGCUCGAGACGGAGUAUAAGCCGCUACGCUUUGACGACAUGCUGACCAAAGCUACGGAACAAGAAGCAUUGGCACUUUUGGUCAUUGCCAAGCAGCCACUGCUAGCGUUGAUGAUUGUAGAACAUCGUGACAAGCUUGCUAAAGAACUUUCGAGGCGUGCGAAGGAAGGAACAGGUGUGGUGCUUUUAGGAACGAACGUCAUGGAAGACGAAAACGUCGUGACGCUGGGUGGUCACUUUCGCAUGUUUUACUCGUGGGCAAUGAGCGCUUACGCGAUGUGUGGUCCAAAGUACUACCCACAAAUGUUCGACAUUUACAAGCGCGCGCAUGAUGCAGGUGUAUACGCGUCAGCAAACAUGAACGUUCAAUACAUUUCAGCGCUCAUCACGGAGAGACGAUACGAUGAAGUGUUUGAAUUUUAUGAGACGGUACUUCGCAUGAACCAACCUACGUCAGUGUACUUCUACAGGCAGCUGCUGCUUGCAGUGUCUGCGACACGCAAAGUAGAGCUUUUGGAUUCGAUUCUGGAAGACAUGCGUGUCAAGGGUUUUAAGCUGCGUGCGGAUGAUUAUCUGCGCGCCAUCCGGACGUAUGACAAUGAAUACUUUUUUACCAAGACAAAACCAAAAGAUAAGCGCCAGUCAAGCCAACGAAACCACAGCAAAUCUAAGACGAAUGACUCCGAAUUUGUACUCGUGACACCUCGAGAUACGUACAACAUGUGCGUGCAGCGGAUUUACGAGCAGGAAGAACACCCAGAACGGUUCGACAGGAUUGUCGAUGCUGCACAGAGUGUGCUAGGUCUCUUCGAUACAAUGGUGGACAUUGAUGGACUCGCUCCGCGACAUGAACACUUAUUCCCACGUGUGAUCACAGCGGCUGUGUAUGCUCAGGAAUGUGAGCGCGUUCCAGAACUACUAGCCCUGCAUGGCGAUCAUGCUGAUAAGCCUCUCCAUUAUGCAGGUGUUCGCAUGGCCGUGAAUGCUCUCUUGCUCCUGGAGAAGCCCACAGAAGCGUGGGGUCUCGUUCGCGAGGCAAACCCAGUCCUCGAGCCCCACCGUUACGCGCUCUUGGGCAACAUUUUCAACUAUUUGUGCAUGAAGAAGCGUGGCGCAGACAUCAUCACAUUGAUGCAUGAUGCGGAAAAACUGGAGCUACAACGUGUUUACACGCUUUCCUUGAUCAAAAGUUUAGUCCCUGCGCUUUGUGCCAGCGUCGACAGCGUCAGCGACGAGGAGUUGAUUGAGACCAUGUCACGUUUUGACAGCGUUUUCCACCUGCGUACCAGUGAACAUCAUUUUGGCGUGUUUCUCCGUGAAUGCUGCCACAGAAAGCGCAUUGCAGUUGUAAAAACUGCUCUGAUGCAGUGGUUGGUCACCUCGGCAAACAAACGACCGCUUAAGGGCUCUGUUGCUAAAAAGCUUCUUGAAACGUUCGAGGACGAGUCUGACUGGGCCUUCAUGGCCGAAGUGUUUGAGCUUACCGAUUUUUCUCACGUGAAUAGUGAAGAAGAUCGCAAGGCCAUUGUAAGCGCUGUUUCACGAGCCUACCAAGUUCUUGGCCAACCUGAGCGCGUGGACCGUGCAAAGCACGUGUCAGAAGUCGCCGGUAAACGACAAAAACUGUUGAGGCAACGUUCAGCGACGAAACAGCAGAAAAAGAAAACUGGAAGGCGAUCUAGUGGAGUAAGUCCUUCUCCGACAUUCUCACAGCCAGUGAUGAUUAGUGGUAUCCCUGUUACUUCCUCCUCCUCCUCGUAG